AUGUUGGCAGUAUCCGGUUCAGACACUGGCGAGGAGCAAUUCAAGAUCAUGGACCAAUGGAAGAACAAAGCCUCCGGUUUGGAGAUCCUCGUUGCCAACGUGGAUACCAAGGUCAGGGAUGUCAACGCGCAUACAGACUGUACCAAAGGGCUGCUGUUGAACUGGACUCUUGAACCAGAGCGCAUGCUCAAGUUCAUCAACAAUAUGGGUAGCACCAACCAGAAGAAGCAGUCCAUCUUUCACAUGCUCAAGGUCGCCGAUACCUACCACGAUGUCAUUGAGAGGCUUUCCAAGGACAUCAAGCUCCUGGAAUGGAUGACUGGUGUCGUCCGCGAGAUCUGCAUCUUUGAGCUGAUCAAGUCAACUUGGCACCAGCAAUUCAACCGUUACGCCUGGAUGGCGGCAUAUGAUCUGAAAGGCCACGACUUCGAGUAUCAUGAUCCCGAAUGGUGUCAACUUGGCCAUGUCUUCUCGAUCGUGGCGAAGUUGAUGCUUCACCAUCCCGAAGACAAAGACUUCUGGGUCGAGAGCAUGCCUAUCCUCAUGGAACUUUGUUUCCACUUCAAGGAUGCAUUCGAUAAGUCCGAUGGUCUUGAAUGCCGGUUGAGUCUUACACCUAAAGAGAUGAGAAAGUCGUUCCUCCCGGUAUUCAAGGGGAUGAAAAACGCAUGGGCAGCGCUUGAUGAUGAACAGGCCUCUGAGCGACGAGAGAUGCUGCAACGUGGUCUUGAAACCAGAGCUAAAGGGCACGGGACAGUCGCUCAGGAUGGUGAGAAGCGCAAGGCUGGUGAUGGUGAGGGUGGUGCAAAGAAGCAGAAGACCAGCAAGCUGGAUGCGAUUUUGGACGGUACAGUUGAGAAGUGA